GCACCCCUCAAACAUCCUCAACUGCAGCACCAACAUCGACAACUGAUGCAGCAACCACAACUAUAUCUGACACCACAACAACUAUUGGUGCAACAACAACAACUUUGGCUACCACAAGCACCCCUGAAACAUCCUCAACUGCAGCGCCAACGUCGACAACUGAUGCAGCAACCACAACUAUAUCUGACACCACAACAACAGUUGAUGCAACAACAAGAACUUUGGCUACCACAACAACACCUGAAACAUCCUCAACUUUAGUGCUAACAUCGACAAGUGAUGCAGCAGCCACAACUAUAUCUGACACCACAACAAUUGUUGAUGCAACAACAUCUUUGACUACCACAAGCACCCCUCAGACAUCUUCAACUGUACCACCAAUGUCAACAACUAAUGCAGCAACCACAACUAUAUCUGACACCACAACAACUAUUGGUGCAACAACUUUGGCUACCACAAGCACCCCUGAAACAUCUUCAACUGCAGUGCCAACAUCGAUAACUGAUGCAGCAACCACAACUAUGUCUGACACGACAACAACUAUUGAUGCAACAACAACAACGACUUUGACUACCACAAGCACUCCUCAAACAUCCUCAACUGUAGCGCCAACAUCGACAACUGAUGCAGCAACCACAACAACAGUUGAUGCAACAACAACAACUUUGGCUACCACAAGCACUCCUCAAACAUCCUCAACUGUAGCGCCAACAUCGACAACUGAUGCAGCAACCACAACAACAGUUGAUGCAAUAACAACAACUUUGGCUACCACAAGCACUCCUCAAACAUCCUCAACUGUAGCGCCAACAUCGACAACUGAUGCAGCAACCACAACAAUAUUUGACACCACAACAACAGUUGAUGCAACAACAACAACUUUGGCUACCACAAGCACCCCUGAAACAUCCUCAACUGCAGCGCCAACGUCGACAACUGAUGCAGCAACCACAACUAUACCUGACACCACAACAACAGUUGAUGCAACAACAACAACUUUGGCUACCACAAGCACCCCUGAAACAUCCUCAUCUGUAGCGCCAACAUCGACAACUGAUGCAGCAACCACAACAACUGUUGAUGCAACAACAACAACAACUUUGGCUACCACAAGCACACCUGAAACAUCCUCAAUUGCAGCGCCAACAUCGACAACUGAUGCAGCAACCACAACUAUGUCUGACACCACAACAACUAUUGGUGCAACAACAACAACACCUUUGGCUACCACAAGCACUCCUCAAACAUCCUCAACUGUAGCGCCAACAUCGACAACUGAUGCAGCAACUACAACUUUAUCUGACACCACAACAACUGUUGAUGCACCAACAACUUUGACUACCACAAGUGCCCCUCAAACAUCCUCAACUGUAGCGCCAACAUCGACAACUGAUGCAGCAACCACAACUAUAUCUGACACCACAACAACAGUUGAUGCAACAACAAGAACUUUGGCUACCACAACAACACCUGAAACAUCCUCAACUUUAGCGCUAACAUCGACAAGUGAUGCAGCAGCCACAACUAUAUCUGACACCACAACAAUUGUUGAUGCAACAACAACUUUGACUACCACAAGCACCCCUCAGACAUCUUCAACUGUACCACCAAUGUCAACAACUAAUGCAGCAACCACAACUAUAUCUGACACCACAACAACUAUUGGUGCAACAACUUUGGCUACCACAAGCACCCCUGAAACAUCUUCAACUGCAGCGCCAACAUCGACAACUGAUGCAGCAACCACAACUAUGUCUGACACGACAACAACUAUUGAUGCAACAACAACAACUUUGGCUACCACAAGCACUCCUCAAACAUCCUCAACUGUAGCGCCAACAUCGACAACUGAUGCAGCAACCACAACUUUAUCUGACACCACAACAACUGUUGAUGCGCCAACGACUUUGACUACCACAAGUGCCCCUCAAACAUCCUCAACUGCAGCACCAAGUUCGACAACUGAUGCAGCAACCACAACUAUUCCUGACACCACAACAACUAUUAGUGCAACAACAACUUUGGUUACCACAAGCACUCCUCAAACAUCCUCAACUGUAGCGCCAACAUUGACAACUGAUGCAGCAACCACAACAAUA